AUGACACUCCCUCGGACUGCCCUCCUGGUUGUCCUGCUGACCCUCGUGGACCUGUGUGAGGGGGCGGAGCCAGUGGAGCCCAGGGCCAAGAGGAGGCAAAGCUCAGGAGGGAGUAACACCUUCCAGCACCCCCUACAGGCCCUCCAGGGGUACAGCAGCAGCAGUGGCAGCAGGCGGACUGGCUCUCAGGGCUCCAGAGCUGGACCUCCAUCCCACCGCUCGCUGCACCCUCUGGGACAGCCUGAGGAUGACGGACUGGGGCUGGAGGGCAUGAGUCCAGUCCGGGUGGAGAUGGGUCAACGAGAGAGAGGACGAAUGAGCCAGAAUAACCUGCUGGGGAACAGGAGAGGGAAAGGCCAUGGGAGUGGACUGGCACACCACAGGCACACACAAGGCCACAAAGGGAAACAUGGAAAAGCUCAGGACCCCGGCGCUCCCCUCAAGGACUCCCCCUCCUCAAGCUUGACCCUGUUCGAUGACCCCCCCUCCCCCAGCUCUGGCUUUUCUAUGGUUACCACAGUUACGAACCAGCAUCCUCCAACGCCGCCACCGGUCUCCACCAAACCACAGAAAACUGGAAAAGGCAAGGGCCAGGGAGACGUGCUUCCCACUCUGGACAUGGCUCUUUUCGACUGGACUGAUUACGAAGACAUGAAGCCAGACACAUGGCCGUCCUCAAACAAAAAAGACAAGAGGCGAACUAAAAACAUCAGUAAUGGGAACGAGACUUCAGAUUUGGUGGAGCCAUGUGACCAUCACUUGGACUGUCUCCCAGGAUCCUGCUGUGACCUGCGGCAGCACGAGUGUAAAGCGCACAACCGAGGACUCAACAACAAAUGCUACGACGACUGCAUGUGUGAAGAAGGCCUGCGCUGCUACGCCAAGUUCCACCGGAAGAGGCGCGUGACCCGGCGAAGGGGGCGCUGUGUGGUCCCAGAGUCGGUGAGCAGCGACCAGGGCGGCUUCAUCACCAUCUGA